GCCGAUUAAUAACAGCUGAUUAAGUCACACUACGUUGACAUAUCGACAUUCUUUUUGAACAUAAACAAACUUACCUAUUAAUUUAAUAUAAAUAAAUUUUUCAAUUUCUCCAACAUUAUUGAUUUAAUGACGUCACUAUUCAUGUUGUGGUGACGCAAAAAUUAUUGAUUUGGGGGUGUGUCGCCAGCGUGGGCCUCAUUUCAUUUCAUUUCACCUUCGAAGCGUCAUCGCGUUGAACCUGGCAAAAAUAAAAAUAAAACAAUUAAUUUAAUAUCAUAAAAGUAAACGUGAUGGCACCCCACCUUGAUAGCGGAGGAGAUAUUUUCGAAACGCCGGUAAAAGAAGCUUUGAAAAAUUUAAUGUUAGACGAUGAUGUAUUAAAGAGGAUUAUGACCAAAUUCCGGCAAGACGUUGAGGCGGGAUUAAAAAAAGCGACUCAACCUACAUCGGCGGUAAAAUGUUAUGUCACUUAUGUACAAGAUCUUCCAACAGGAAGUGAGAAAGGAAGAUAUUUAGCUUUAGAUUUAGGUGGAACUAAUUUCCGAGUAUUAUUAAUAGAAUUAUGCGAAACCCAUUUCGAAAUGAAAUCAAGAAUCUUCGCCAUUCCAAAAGCUGAAAUGGUCGGACCCGGUGAUAAAAUGUUUGAUCACAUCGCCGAAUGUCUCGCAACAUUCCUUAAACAAGAACACUUAGAUACAGAACCGAUAAGUUUAGGAUUUACAUUCAGUUUUCCAUGUCAACAAGUCGGUUUAACAAAAGGCAUCUUAAUAAGAUGGACAAAAGGAUUUCAAUGUUCCGGAGUCGAAGGAAACGAUGUCGUACAACUUUUAAGGGAGGCAAUUGCAAGACGAGGUGACAUCAAAUUAAACGUAACCGCAAUUUUAAACGAUACAACGGGAACGUUGAUGUCGUGUGCUUGGAGGAAUAGAAAUUGCAAAAUCGGGUUGAUUAUUGGAACGGGAACGAAUGCUUGUUACGUGGAAAAGCAACAAAACGCGGAGUUUUUUGACGAACCCGAUAAAGGUUCGGGGAAUGUUAUUAUUAACACGGAAUGGGGCGCUUUUGGAGAUGACGGAGGGAUUGAUUUUUGUGUAACGGAUUAUGACAGAGAAAUUGAUAAAAAUUCUAUUAAUCCCGGCAAACAAUUGUAAGAAAAUCAGCUUUGUUUAUUUUAUUAACCUUAGAAAGCUAAAGUACUCGCUAAAUUACGAUUUUAAUAACGAUAUACAACAGUUUGGUGCUGAAUAACGAAUAAAACUAGAACUAACACUA